AUGCCCCAAUACCCCCAACCUGCAGUAUCGCUCUCCCCUGCCACGCUUGCUGACCUGCCACGCCUCCCCAUGAAGACAGAGCCCUGGUGCUGGGAAAAUGGGGAUAAUUGGCACAUCCGCCGGGGGGGUUGUGGUUGGCGCGCACCUUUACACUCCUUUGGCCUGGGACGAACCAACCCCGGAUGGGAACCGAACCCGCCUAUUCUUCAUCUGGUCAUUCGCGGCUACACAUCUCCGCUGUCUUCUCCCCCUCCACACCUACCCGUCGCGCCUGACUUCCACCGUCCGAUCGUCGAACCCUCACCAAAAAGCCGUCCGUCUCUCUCUGUCACUGCCGUGAUACGUGCGACCUUCCCGAAACGUCGACCUUGUCAGCCUCGGCCGUCGCCCGUCACCCGUCAUCCGAUUACCCGUUGUCAACAAGGCCCAGGAACCUCCACUCGCGGGGCCGCCAGUGAGGCGGAGCCGCUCAGAACGCACCCAGACCACCGUCCCGAGCGCCCGACGAUAACGACCUCCAACCACCUCACCUUCCGACGUCGCGGUUCAACCCUCGCUUUACCCGACCUCGGCUGGUCCUUGCCCGCGGACAAAUUCAGCCAGCACCUAUCCAAACCCAGCCGUCCACCAAGCAUCACGCAGGCACGAGACAGCCUUUUCCAGCCUCGUUCCAGCCGCACACCCCAGAAAACUUUGCCCACAAUCGUCCUUCCCCCUCCCCCGCGAUACCCCUCGCACUCGGGCGCCUACGGCGCAAUCGGCGCCGGCAUCGCCCCCAUGAUCGAGACGAACAACAUUCUCUCCAACCCCGAAGGCCCUGAAUACCAGUUCCUCGUCGGUGAGGGUACCUAUGUCCUCAAAGAGUGCCUCCAUCUCGCCACCCCUCCACCGCAUCCCUCUGAGGCCCCCGUCGUCAAUCCGAACCCGCUCGCCACGACGCCCCAGCCCGCCUCCGCUGGCACCAAGCUCUCCCUCAUAUCUCUCGACGUCCGCGCCGCGCCCCCCUUCUUCUACAACAAGGGCGCCAGCACAUCCACCACGCUCUCCUCCUCCCUCGGCGGCGACAUCCAGGAGCACCCCAACGAAGGGCGGUAUUCUACCGAGGCAGGGCUCAGCAGCGAUGGAGGGGACGGCCGCGGUGCCUCCCUCAGCGACGGUGUCGCGCCCCCGACGUCGUCAUUGACCAUGGUGUCGGCUCCGGCAUUCGGGGACGGAAACUCGGCGCUCGCGCCGGCCAAUACCAAGGACGCGGCCAAGAAGAAGGUGGCCAAACCCAAGAACAACAUGACCAAGAGCAACUCGUCCUUCAUUUCUAGAGUCAUUGUGAACGAGAGCUUGGCCAAGAAGCUUCAGGAGCGGCCUACGGACGGCGUUUUUGCGUUUGCCAAUAUCAAUCGAGCGUUUCAGUGGCUGGAUCUGUCAUCACCAACAAAGGCCGACUACUUGACCAAGAUUCUGUUUACAAAGGCUCAUUGCCUGUGUCACGACGUGAACCCCAUCACCAAGAACAUUGCUCAUAUCGAUGUAAUCAUGGGCUUCUCAACGGGAGAAAUCAUCUGGUGGGAGCCUGUUUCUCAACGGUAUACUCGGUUGAACAAGAAUGGCAUCAUCAACGGCACACCGGUAUCAGAGAUCCGUUGGAUACCAGGCUCCGAGUGCCUCUUCCUAGCAGCGCACAUGGACGGCUCGCUGGUGGUCUACGACAAGGACAAGGAGGACGCGCAGUUCUCCCCAGAGGAGGAGCAGCUUGCGACCAACGGCUCAUCAACAAACGGAGAGAGCGAUUCGUCGACCAACGGCGUCAAUCACAACCUCAAGAUCCAGAUCAACAAGUCUGUCCACUCAAAGAACCAAAAGACGAACCCCGUGGCAUCAUGGAAGCUGUCGAAUCAGCGCAUCAACGCGUUUGCUUUCAGCCCGGACAAUAGGCACCUGGCAGUCGUCUCGGAGGACGGCUCGCUCCGCAUUAUUGAUUACUUGAAAGAAGAGUUGCUGGAUCUCUACAACUCGUACUACGGCGGCUUCAUCUGCAUCACAUGGUCACCGGACGGCAAAUACGUUCUGACGGGAGGCCAAGAUGACCUCAUCUCCAUCUGGUCCGUCGUAGACUCGGCCAUUGUCGCCCGCUGUCAAGGUCACCAGUCGUGGGUGACAUCGGUGGCAUUCGAUCCGUGGCGUUGCGACGACAGGAACUAUCGGUUCGGCAGUGUCGGCGAAGACUGCAGGUUGUGCCUGUGGGAUUUCAACGUCGGCAUGCUGCACCGGCCCAAGGCGGCUUCCGUUCAUCACCGAGGCUCCGUAUCAUCACGGUUCGCCAAUCCCUUGCAGAGACAGGAGACGGCCAACACGUCGGCCAGCCGCAUCCGGUCCAACUCGACUCUGUCUGGAGGGGCAGUGGACGAAGACGGCAGCAGCAUCGUUCAUCCUGUCGAGCCUCGUGCGAGGAUCGCCAUGCUACCUCCUGUUUCUUCCAAGGCUGUUGAUACCCAUCCCCUGUGCUGGCUGGAAUUCACAGAAGAAGCCAUCAUCACAAGUUGCAAAAACGGUAAGCCUUGGACCUCGCACCGAGGUGUUACAAGCCUCAACGGACACAUGCUAACAUGUCAACCCCCCAAAAGGCCAUAUCAGAACAUGGAACAGGCCGACUGA